AUGGAAAUUCCGAUUAUCAACAAAAUAAGUGAUUUUGAAGAUGCCUUAAGCUCUCUUUAUGUGCUUUCUGGGAUUCAGAAAAUCUAUGAAACCCAUAGUUUUCUUAAGUGGGGAACUUUGAUUCUUGCCCUAAUAGCUUCCUUGUUUACCAUUAUCAAUAAACUCAAGAUUUUGAUCAUCAGCCCACACCAUUCUUUGCCAUCAGAAACUCUUCUUUACGACACAGAUUUCGACUUUGACAGUGACAGUGACAUUGAUUCUUCAUCGGACGACGAAUCAGAAUACGAUGAGCCGUCCACUUCCCACAACCGGCGACGAGUUGAAGAAUAUUUUCGGGUUCGGGAUUCCGGCUCCGGUCAUUUUGUCUGCGACGAGUGGGAAGACAGUUAUUUCACCGGCGGGAAAAGUGUGGUGAAGCUAUGGGAAAACCUAGUUUUAGAGCUCGGUUUCGACGUCGAUGAAAGCGACGACGUUAACAAAGGAACGAAUAUCGCUUCCAUUCUCAGCGGAGAGCGCGGCUUUCAGGCGAUUUCCGCGCCGUUCUCAUCGCCCGCGGUUGUCAUUUUUGCUGGCGUUGCCUUAUCGUCUCGACGAGUCGCUGUCGGAGCGUGGGACACGCGCCUUUGUCGUCGAGUACCUGCUAUUGUAGCAGAAUGGAGGCCUAAACAAUCACAUGAGAAAAUCGCAGCGGUCGAUGUGGAUGACGGGGUCGAGAAGGUUUACACCAGAGGUGACGUCACGGGGAAGUUGACGGUGGGUGAUAUGAGGACGGUGAUAUCGUCGUUAAGGAACUUAACGGAAUAUGAGGAUGAUAUCUCGGUAGGAUGCUGA